AUGCUCUUCACACCGAAUCAUUCCGACCAACUUAAAUUAUGGCGAGUUUCACGAGAUCCUCAGAGUCCCUCCGACUCCUCAAGUCCUCAUCAUCUCUCUUUCCUCCAUUCAUUCACUGUUAAGGGCGACCAAGUACGCCGGCAAUAUAGACCGUUUGGGUUCAAGUGUCUCUUAAAACCGGUCAACCGUCGCGAAUUCACAUUUGUUUUCGAGAAAAAACGAAGAGCAGAGAAGACAGAGCUCGAGCUUCCAUGGCCAAAAGGGUAUAGAGAAGCCAUCAGAAGAAUGACUCAAAUUUGCCGGAAAAUCCUUCACCUGGACCUGCAACUACAAUGGAACAUCUUCCAUCGAGUCACCUUCUUCCGCCGAUUCUUUCGUUUCGUUUGGGAUCGGGUUCUUUCCUUCUACCCCAGAAAACCCUUCAGGUAUCGGGAGUUACAGAGUAACGUCUCUUCCAUCUCUCCGGCCGAAAUUGAGAAUGGAUUAACCUCCGGAGAUGCUACAUCCACCUCCAGAGAUUUCGACAUGGAUUCUGAAUCCGUAACUUUGAAGAUCAGCCUCUUGGGCGAUUGUGACAUUGGCAAAACCAGUUUUGUUAUUAAGUAUGUAGGAGAAGAGCAAGAACAGAGUUGCUUGCAGAUGUCAGGAUUGAAUUUGAUGGAUAAAGUCUUCUUAGUUAAAGGGGUGAAAAUUGCUUUUAGUAUUUGGGAUGUGGGAGGGGAUUAUGCUUCUCUUAAUCACGUUCCAAUCGCCUGUAAAGAUGCCGCAGCUAUCUUGAUCAUGUUCGAUCUCACAAGUCGAUGUACACUUAACAGCGUUGUCGGAUGGUAUCACCAAGCCAGGAAGUGGAAUCAGACGGCGAUUCCGAUAUUAAUCGGGACCAAGUUUGAUGAUUUCGUGCGGCUUCCACUGGACAUGCAAUGGGCAAUUGUAACCCAGGCAAGAGAAUACGCGCAAGCCAUGAAAGCAACCCUCUUCUUCUCUAGUGCAACACACAAUAUCAAUGUGAACAAGAUCUUCAAAUUCAUCACCGCCAAGCUUUUCAACUUGCCAUGGACAGUGGAGAGGAAUCUGAAAAUUGGAGAACCCAUCAUCGACUUCUGAGUUUCUGAGAAGGUGACCUGGUCACCUGAUGGGUCUUCUUUGUAUGAUCAUUGUACUUCUUUCCAAAGGAGGCAUCGAAUCAACCUGUACAUAACAAAAGUAUUGUGCAGUCGAAUAGAAAAGAGGUGGAAAGUGACUCUUGGUGGUUUUGGCUUUCCGUGUUUUGAGUUA